AGAAUUUGGCGCGAGCUUGCCGAGCGUUCGCCCAGAAUUGGGAGCAGCAACUAUAUGUAAUAUUUUCAAGUUCGAAAAACCGUUAAAGAAAUAGGAGUACGGUUUGUUUGGUGGCAUUUGAAGAGUUGACUCUGGAUACCGCCGACGUUUCACUGACAAUGUGCGUCGACUGAAAUUGAAGAAGUCUCCAAGCUAUGUCUGUGGCAGUUCAAAGCACAGUGUCCAAAGCACCUCUCCCCCUUCCAACCUACUUCUCCCUUGCAGAGCAGUCCUUCUCACUAAAAAAGCGCCGGCACCCGUUCACCUCGUCAUCUGGGUCCAACUCCUCCUGCUCUUUUCCUGCCGAACUCUCCCAUUCUCUGCCACCGCUGACACCAACCAAGGGAUGUCUUUCACUGAGCAGAGUGUUCGCCCAGCAUGAAUCGCCGUGGACUCCACUUUCUAGUUCACUUACUAUAUCGCCUUCUCCAAACUCAGUUUACGAUCCAAGUAAACAUCUGUCCUAUUUCAACCAGUGCUUCACUAAUUUGGGUUUGGUGGGAAGAGGGUGCUUUGGAGAAGUUUAUAAGGUGCAAAGUAAAAUAGAUGGCCGCCUGUAUGCAGUCAAACGCUCUGCUCAUCGCUUUCGGGGUAAAAAUGAGAGGGACAGGAGUGUGAGGGAGGCCAGGAACCACGAGCGCAUUUGUCCUCAUUCUCACAUCCUGGAUUUUGUGGCAGCCUGGGAGGAAGCUGGUCGACUCUACAUUCAGACAGAGCUGUGCAGCACCAGCUUGCUGCUUCAUGCUGAGAACAAAGCCCCAGGCACAGAUGAGCCUGCAGCCUGGGCGUACCUGUGUGAUCUCCUCUCAGCACUGGAGCACUUGCACUCUCAUGGCUUUGUGCAUCUGGACCUCAAGCCUGCCAACGUUCUCAUCACAGAUUCAGGUCGACUCAAGUUGGGGGACUUUGGGCUUCUGAUGGAGCUCAACGACUUAAACACUGAAUCGCCAUAUUUGAAGGCAAAGGAGGAUUUCCAGGAAGGAGAUCCUCGAUACAUGGCCCCUGAGCUGCUGCGGGGAGAGUAUGGACCUGCUUCAGAUGUCUUCAGUUUGGGUGUUUCUAUUCUGGAACUUGCUUGUAAUAUUGAGGUUCCAAAUGGUGGUGAGGGAUGGCAGCAACUCAGACAGGGCCAUCUUCCCUCAGAGUUCACAAACGGCUUGUCUGCUGAGCUUCAGUCAGUCCUCCGGAUGAUGCUGGCUCCAAAGCCGACCCAGAGACCCAGCGCCUCUGAACUUCUUUCCCUUCCCUCUGUUAGGAAACAUAGAUGGAAGAGGCGCUGUUGUCUCAUGUUUGCUGAGGCUAUGCUGACACUGGCCUCCCUUUGUCAAUCGGUGGUGUACUUCGGGUGCAGACUCCUUUCACCUUUUAACUUGCCCUUCCUCCCCCGCUGGACCGCGCCCAGGCCCUGUACUCCUCCUAGGGACAGUUGGGAGGGAGAUCUAACACUUUCCCUCACCACUGUUCACUCCGACCCCUGCAGUCCACAGGAUGAUUCUGUGGUUUUUGCAGACACAGACCCAGAACUCUCCCCUGCCUUUUCACGCAGGGUUACAUCCAGACUCUCUCUGGAAAGCACGUCCACGCCCCUCUCGGGGUCACCAGUACAUAAACACGGGAGUCACGUCAGCACACCCACUCACUCAGCUAUUGGGGACUGGUCCUGCCAUUUGGGCCUGACCCCAUCCAGCACUCAUUCAGCCAACAAGAGCCAGCUUCACGGAGAGCGCCGUGGAAGUCCUUCAUCCACCAAGUCCACAAGGCUCUGUGGUAGAAACUGGAUCCUUGCAGGAGACACCUCACCCCGAUCCAGCUUGGAGCCAAAGAACUUGCUUUCUCUGUUUGAGGAAAUCACAGCUGAGUGAAGCCAUAAGUAAAAACUGCCAUUUUACACUAAUGUAAGAAGUAUUUUUCUGUUGAAAUUCUCAGAUGAUGUCAAGUUAUCUGCUUUGUAUAUAGUUUAGUGCUUUUUUUGUAAUAGUCCUGCCACUGCUUGUAUUAAUAUGUAUUUAAAAAAAAAAGAGUGGAUUCUGUUUGACCAUACAAACACGCCUUAAGCAGUUGCUGUUUGAUGUUAAAAGAGCAUGGCAUGAUUUGUUCUGGAAUGUUUUGCAGCAUCAUUAACCCUGAGACAAUAAAAGCAUGAAUUUGGAGGUGAAA